AUGGAUAUUAUGGAUAUCGACUUUGACGUCUUUAUCAAGGGAUACGGCGAUAGUAACGCUGACAUGGCAUCAGUCUCGUCUCCGAGCACAGGCCUCCACAGCCGAACCCCAUUCAAGACACCCGGCCCCAGUCGGUUCGGAACCGUUCCGACGGAGUCUCCAUCUACGCAACAGCAGGGACCUAGUCAAAAUAGCUCUGUAGACGAGUUUGAGAAGAUGCUCGACUCAAUCAAUAGCAAAUUCAAGCCCGGGAAAAGCCAGCUAUCGCAGUUGACUGGGACCAUUUCACACCCCGCAAAGGUGCCACCCCCAGCCCCUUCUCCAUUUUCCACCACAUCCGCGACGACUGGUUGUGAUAUUAGUGGUGGCUCCCUAUCACCUUUCUUGACUCGGCCUGCCCACGAAACUAAUAUCGUGGUCGUCGAACCCGGUGGCAAAGGAAAGGGGAACCAGACGACCAGGCGGCCUCGACGCCAGGCUAUUGACGCUGGUGCUCCGUCAACCGGGGGUGAGGCUGGAGACGGCGAGAUCUUGCUAGAAGCGCGAUCCCCUAAUAAGAGGGGUCGCCUAGCACGCAUGGUAUCGGACCUUAGUGAUGCGAGUGGGCUGAAUUGGGGUGACCCUCUGAUUGGGAGCAAAUGGCCCGGCUAUCCUGAGGUGGAAGAUAGUCCAUCUGAAAUAUCACCACAUUCGACGGGCAUCAAAGACAUCAGUCCGGGCAAGAACCACCCGGAUAGCUUUUCUGUGCCGCCUAAGGAUAAGGAUAAAGCUCCAGCCAAUGCCAAAGAAACGAUCGCGAAGGUUGAUGGCAGCCACAACAUGGGGAAAAGGCUAAGGAAAAUAAGAAUAUGGAGCGUGAUUCUCUAG